AUGCCCCUUUCAAGCAGCUCCACAUCCUCCACAAAGAGCAUCCGCAGAGCAGCAUCCGAGCUGGAGAGGUCUGACUCCAUCACGUCUCCAAGAUUCGUCGGUAGACGGCAAAGCCUGAUCGAGGAUGCGCGCAAGGAGAGGGAAGCCGCCGCUGCGGCGGCAGAGGCUGCAGAGGCCAGUGAACAGAUAGUGUUUGAAGAGGACGAUGGAAAAGCGCUUCUCAACAUCUUCUUCACGUUAAGGAACUCUAAGACACCUGCGCUGUCGCGGACACUGAAAGUUUUCGAGACAUUUGAAGCUAAGAUUCACCAUCUGGAGACGCGGCCUUGCCGAAAGCUCAAGGAGAGCCUGGAAGGCCUGGAGUACUUUGUCCGCUGUGAGGUGCACCUCUCCGACGUCAGUACUCUCAUCGGCUCCAUCAAGAGGAAUGCGGAGGAUGUUAAAACCACCAAAGAAGUCAAAUUUCAUUGGUUCCCAAAGAAAAUAGCAGAUUUGGAUAGAUGUCAUCAUCUGGUCACAAAAUUUGAUCCAGACUUAGAUCAAGACCAUCCUGGCUACACAGACCCUGCCUACAGACAGAGGAGGAAGAUGAUUGGUGACAUCGCCUUCAGAUACAGACAUGGGGACUCAAUUCCCAGAGUGGAAUACACAGCGGAGGAGAUUGGUACAUGGCGGGAAGUCUACUCAACCCUGAGGGACUUGUAUACCACCCAUGCCUGCAAUGAAUACCUUGAGGCCUUCCGCCUGCUGGAAAGGCAUUGUGGGUACAGUCCAGACAACAUCCCCCAGUUGGAAGACGUGUCACGCUUCCUCAAAGAGCGUACAGGCUUCCAGUUGCGUCCAGUGGCAGGUCUGCUCUCAGCCAGAGAUUUCCUGGCCAGUUUGGCAUUUCGGGUGUUCCAGUGCACCCAAUACAUCCGACACGCCUCCUCUCCCAUGCACUCCCCAGAGCCUGACUGUGUCCAUGAACUCUUGGGCCAUGUCCCCAUGUUGGCCGACCGCACCUUUGCCCAGUUUUCACAGAACCUUGGUCUGGCAUCACUUGGAGCUUCAGAUGAAGAUAUUGAGAAACUGUCCACACUGUACUGGUUCACCGUCGAGUAUGGCUUAUGUAAACAGAACGGUGAGGUGAAAGCUUAUGGCGCUGGGCUGCUCUCCUCUUAUGGAGAGCUUGUGCACUCUCUGUCUGAUGAACCAGAGACGAGGGAGUUUGAGCCAGAGGCUGCGGCAGUGCAGCCCUAUCAAGACCAGACGUACCAGCCUGUCUACUUUGUUUCUGAGAGUUUUUCGGAUGCCAAGGAGAAAUUCAGGACAUACGUGGCCGGUAUCAAGCGUCCCUUCUCAGUGAGGUUCGAUCCCUACACUAACAGCGUUGAGGUCCUGGACAACCCGCUGAAGAUCCAGGGAGGCCUGGAGGGAGUGAAGGAUGAGCUGAAGAUGCUGACAGAUGCCCUCAGUGUUUUGUCAUGAGGAUGCACCACUCUGUGACCAUCCUGCUGUUGUUUGCUUCCUCUCCGCUGUGCUCUCCGACGUCCGACGUGUAAACAAGACCAGUGUGUUCAUCUUUCUGUGCUGUACCUCCAGUAUGAUACUGUUUCUGAUGAGUUGUUGCUUGUUGUGGUUGGCUGUUUGGCCGACAAGGUUGCAACCAUUAAAACCUCAAUACACAGCGCAGGCAAAGUUUUCAAACAUGUUUAACGCCUCGCUGGGUGUGGAUCCUUUUGUGAAAUGAUGGCGUUAUACUGACUGGGCCAUUCAUUGCUUUUAAAGCAAAUUUGUGUUGUUCGAGAAUUAUGUCAAAAUUUGAACCAAAA